GUAGGUGCAAUCCUUGACCCUAGACAAGUAUGCCAGAAAAAAGAUAAAUAAGAUUUCAACCCUUUGAUCUCCCAUCGUGGGCCCCACCUGACACCCAAUAUCUUCUCCUUUUAUUUCAUCAACUCAUCUUUUUAGUGUACUUUGUAAUUGCAUCAUGCAUGCUUUCCCUCAGCUCAGCUCCCUUCACUAAAAUUCUGCUCCAAUUCUCUCUCUCUCUCUCAUAAACCUUUUUUUUUGUGAGUCUUGGAUCAGUCUUUCUAAAGCUGCAAACUAAAGAAGCUAGAGCUAGAGGGUUUUUAUUUUUUAUUUUUGUUCUUCAUUCUUUGUUUUUACCAAACUCAUACUAAUCUGAUCGAAGUGCUUUUGGGUGAUCUUUGAUGUGAUAAUUGAUCAUACACUCCACUUGAUCAAUCGAUAGAUCGAAUUCGCCUUCCCAGUUGUUAUAUGUUCUAAAUCAGAAGAUCAUCACUUGGAAAAAGCCCACAGAAAAACAUGGAGAUUAAUAUUGAUUACACAGGUAAGCUGGCAAUAAACUCCUCUGGAUUGGAUCUGGAGGAUGAUCAUGCUAGUAUGGAAGAUCCCAUCCUCCAUCAGAUUUCCUCCUACGAAUAUUCUUCUCUUUGGCCAAACUUGCCUCUCCCUCAUCAUCCACUACAUCAAAUACCAUCUUCAUCCACUGCUCCUCCUCCUCCUCCUCCUCAUCAUCAUCAUCAUCAAUCAAUCGCUGAUCAUCAUCAUCAUGAUCAUCAAAUGCUACUACUAGCUGGCGGGAAUAAUAACAACAUUUUUGUGGAAUUAAAUGAGCACGAAGAUGAUGAAGAGGCAGGUGAUGGUGGCGGUGGUGAGGAGGAGCUUGGAGCUAUGAAGGAAAUGAUGUACAAGAUCGCAGCUAUGCAACCGGUGGACAUCGAUCCAGCCACAAUCCGGAGGCCCAAACGGAGAAACGUGCGAAUCAGCGACGACCCGCAAAGCGUGGCGGCCCGUCACCGGCGGGAGAGGAUAAGCGAGAAAAUCCGCAUCCUCCAAAGACUUGUUCCGGGGGGAACUAAAAUGGACACAGCUUCCAUGUUAGACGAAGCCAUUCGCUACGUCAAGUUCUUGAAGAGGCAAAUCCGGCUACUUCAAUCAUCUUCAUCCUCAUCAGCGUCGUCAAAUAAUAAUCAUCAGCUUCAUGAUCAUGAUCCUCAAUCAGCAGCAGCUCAUGAUGAUCAUGAUCAUGGUCAAUGCAAUAUUAAUAUUAUUAAUAAUAUUAAUGGAUCAUCAUCAGUUGGUGCCAGAGGCGCAGGGUUGCCUUUGGAUUGGCCGCGGCAUAAUAUUAAUGUGUGAAUCAUAUUAACACAGCACAAAAACCCAACAAUCAUCAUGCCGCAGCAGCCGCCGCCGACGCCGCCACCACCACCUCCUCCGCUAGAAACCCUCGUCACUAGACAACGGGGCGGGUCGAUCCACGCAGCUGCCUACAAUUAAUUACUAGUACUACGUAAUCCUGCUGCUGCUGUUGUGUGCUGAGUGAUGAUUAGACAUAUAUUAGACGCGUGUGGCUGAUUAAUUUUAUAUAUAAUUGUGAUUGUGUGCUAAUUAAUUAGUUAAGUAGAUGUGGAAGGGAAGAUGUCAGUGUCUCUCUCUCUCUCUCUCUCUCUCUCUCUCUCUCUCUCUCUGGUCAUGUAUUAUGUAUAUGAUUGUUAUUUGUGUGGGAGGUAGCUAUAGCUUGAUAGCUUGAUAGCUUGAUAGCUUGCUAGCUAGCAAAAGGUUUGUUAGGAUUUUGUUGACUAAGGGGCUGAAGAAUAAUCAUAA